AUGCGAACUCUCGCUGCCACCAGCUUAGCUCUUGCCCCCACCUCGUGCACAACUAUGGAUAAUGAAUACAAUGACCCAACACCUAGCAAAGGCUCUGCUAGCCACAACGACAUACAGACGCAUUCUUCAAUCGCUCUGCGCCUCAUAGCCGACGAGGUAGAGCAAAUGCAAUGGAACGUGAUCUAUGCAGAGCACCAGCGGGCUGUUGCACUUGGGGAUCUCGAACACGCUCGUAGACACCUCCUCGUAGUGCGGGAUGAUGCUUUGACCUGGCAAGCCCUCCAACGCACUAUGUACCUCAGAGGUCAAGCAGAGAUUGAUGACCUCAAGGAGGAGAUCGAAGCACUACAACAGGAAAGUUUACUUCCCGGCGCUGUACACAAGCAGAACUUGACGGCUCGAAGCAUUCAAAGAGUUAAACGAAACCAUGCUUUAGAGUGCCUUCUUUGCUCUAUGUGUACCUUGCCGAUCACAGAUGCUUCCCUACUCUCGUGUGGUCACACCUUCCACACCCCCUGCCUGAAGGAAUGGUUUCACACAUUGACCACCCGUUUCAUGGAAGGCGCUGAGCCUGAAGAGGGACGGACCAGUCCCAAAUUGACAUGCAUGAAUUGCAAUAAGGAAGUCCUUGCCAUUCUCAUUCGCAACUACCUGGUUGAGAGCGCUGCCAGUGGCUUGCCAGAUGCUCUCGACGUCGACCACAGCAAUUGGUCGUCCCAAUGGCACCACUGGUGGCUGUCAGGUCCCGAGGUCAGAGGCGACACGGUCACAUCUGACGACGGUUUGCCCAACACUUUCGAUGCUGAAAUGAAUGGGGGGCCGGGACCGGAAGAGAGCUCAACAGCGAUGGAAAUGUAA